GAUUAUCCUGAUGAUUCUGAUUAUUAUUGAUGUUUCUUUUUCUUAUUUCUUUUCUUCUUAUUAUUCAUCUUACACAAUCCUCUGUUGCUUGGACCUCCUCUAGGCGCUGGCCAUGCCGAAAAUCAACCAGACGAACGAAACAACCCCCGAAAAAUUGCUGGAUUCAUCACAAACAAAUAGAACCUUGUUUUUAACCUUUUCUUUUUCGCCUGAGGGUUAUCCAUGGUUCUGGUGGCUCCGGUGGGCCUUUGCUCUCUUUUCUUUCUUCCUUUGGACUCUUUCUUUUUGCUGGUUGGAUCCUUUGAUCAUGGAUGGGGGUUAAGAUUACUCCGUUGGUCUCAUCCUUAUGAUUUGCUGCAUUACGGUCAAUCUUACCGUCAGAGGGUAAUUUGAUAGCCGAGCGCCCCGUUAUUCUGGAAACAAAGGAACGGACAGGCUGGUUGAACUGGAGACACAAUGAAAGAUGAACAAAAGGAAAGGGGGAGACGGAAUACCUACGGAGUAGAGGGGGGCAUAAAAUUAUAAAAAGACUUCCGUGGUGGAGUCUAAACCAAGCUUAGCGAUAUGGCCGCCUG